GUACAUAGAUACCAACAUUAUGAAAUAUAUGAAUAAAUAUUGUUUGAAAAAAUANAACAGAAACAAUUGAAUCAGAGAAUCGGAAAAGAAGAUGCCUUGAUGCGUCGUUCGUUGGAGAUAGAUGAGGAAACUCAGCCGCGACGUUGAUGCAGAGAAUCGGAAAAGAAGAUGCGAGAGAGAGAGGGUUAUCGAAACUGGAGCAGUAGACUGGAAGGGUUGUUGACCGGCUAGGUUUUAUUUCAAUAUCGCAAGUGGGCUUUUAAUUUUUUUUUUUAAAAAAAUAACGCUGGGCGUCGCCCACUCGCCUAAUCGCAGCUUCCAGACGCCAAAAGGACGCCAAGAUCGCCCAGGUAAAAAAAAGCUAGGCGUGAGGUUAGGCGUCCAUAUCACCUCGCCCAGACGCUUAGGCGUCGCCUAGGCGACGCCUUGAUAAGUAUGCCUCUAAUUAAAUUCCUAUUUUUCCUUUUUUCUUUUGGUUGUCCUCACAAUAAAGUUCCUACUUAUACAGAAGUAACUUUUAUUUGCCUAUCAGACAAAAUCUAGUUCUUCCCAUCUAGUCAAAUCCACCCCUAUCCAAAAAGCAAAUCUGUUUUUUAUUGGCAUUUUGGGAUGCCAAUACAAAACCAAAACUACUUUGCAUGAAUCUGUGUGACAAUUAACUUGGGAACUGAAAGGGGAAGGGGUGGAAGAUGUUUAUCUUUUUUUUCUUUUGUUGAUUGCGUCUUCCUUAGACUCUUUUUGUAGAUUUACCAACAAUUGUUGUAUCUUGUUCUAACUUUUUUUAGUCUCGUUCAUAUCAAGUUUGAUUUGAUUUUUAAAAAAUUUAGUUUCUAGCCAAACAGAUUUUACUGGUGAUUCAGCCUAAUGCGACUCCCAUUUAGAAUUAUCAGGGCAGGUAGGUAUAAGGGUCAGGUUCCCAAGUCAGGAACAUUUUAAAUUGGAUCCAUUGGGUGGAGACUCGGGGCUGGACAAAAUAAAUAAACAGGUCUGGUCCUGGUUCUUAUAAAACAUUGCCUAGAUCCGACUCACUUACACCCUAGGGUCUAGUUGGACGUGGUACUGUGGUAGUGUUUAUAUUUGCAAGGGAGGGAAAUAGAAAAAGAAGCAUAGAAUGUAAUUUGGCGUCUUACAGAUUUUGGAGUAUUUUCUUGUUUUUGGUAGUUAUUACUUUAUAACAAAAAUUUGUAGAAUGUAUUUAGUUUAUCAUAGAGAAAUAGGACAUUUUUGUGCGCUACUUAUGAUUUUGGCUACAUGAGGAACCUCAUUCAUGUGGACUCUCUUCAACUUAUUUUUUGUGGUACACUCAUGAGAGGUUGGGCAUUAUCAGUUUACAUCUUGUUUAUACUAACUUGGGUUUAUUUACUCUUAUAGAACAGGCAGGCCAUCCAUACAAGAACCAUGGGUAAACAAUGUGUCUUGGCACCAAGGAAACCUUCUCUCAAAUGAUUCCUGGAAAGAAGCACUAAAUGGAGUAGAUUCUGUUAUAUCGUGUGUAGGCGGCUUUGGCUCUAAUGCACACAUGUAUAAGAUCAAUGGAACAGCCAACGUAGAUGCUAUAAGAGCUGCUGCUGAAGAAGGAGUAAAAAGAUUUGUAUACAUUUCGGCUGCUGAUUUUGGCUUUGUGAAUUACCUACUACAAGGUUAUUAUGAGGGAAAGAGAGCUGCUGAAACUGAACUUUUGACCCGAUAUACCUAUGGAGGUGUGAUUUUGAGACCUGGAUUCAUCUAUGGAACUCGUCGUGUCGGGAGCAUGAAAUUGCCCCUUGGUGUAGUUGGUUCUCCUCUUGAAAUGGUUCUCCAACAUGCAAAAUCAUUGAACCAACUUCCUCUUGUGGGCCCUUUGCUCACUCCUCCCGUUAACGUCACUGCAGUGGCAAAAGUAGCCGUUAGAGCAGCUACCGAUACGGUCUUCCCUCCCGGAAUUGUCGAUGUCUAUGGCAUUCUACGUUACAGUCAACAGAAGUCUAUAUAGAAAGCUCUUUUUAUGAAGAGCAAUAAUGGCAACANCCCCCCCCCCCCCCGAGCAGCACAUGCAAUGUUAAUAAGUUGAUUUUUUGCUACUACCAGGAUAUUGUCCAAUCUAUGUUAUGGUUUUUACUUGAUGGAUAAAAAUACCCUUAUAGUACUAAAAGCACACAUGUUAU